UGGAGUGGAAUAGUGGGAGUGCGUGACUCAGCGUGAGCAAAGCACACUGCACCACACACUAAAAAAGGGUUUAUUUAAAGCGCGGCGCCACCAUUGCUGUCGCCUCGCUCCGCCGCUUUCGAUCUUUUCGCUCCCACCCCCCUUCCCUUCCCCCCUCUCUCUCAUCAUCUCUCUCCUCUGCCUUUCUCUCCCUGGCAGGAGGACGGGAGCCGCCACUAUUUAGUUAGUUCCCUACACCAGUCCCUACGAGCGUUUUCUUUCACAAAAGCAGCAGCAGGGGGGCCGGCGGCGGCGGCAAUGGAGACCGGGGGCAGCGGCGGCGGCGAUGGCGGCGGGAGACGGCCCGGGGACGACCUCCACGGGCUCAACUUCGGCCAGAAGAUCUACUUCGAGCAGGAAGUGGCUGGGUCCUCCUCCUCGGGUGGCAGGAAGGGCAAGGGCCCCGCCCCCGCCCGAGCAGGAGGUGGAGGUGGAGGGUCAGGAGCCUCCACCCCCGUGGCCGGCGGCAACGCCUCGCAGCCGAGGUGCCAGGUGGAGGGGUGCGGCGUGGAUCUGAGCGGCGGCAAGACCUACUACUGCCGCCACAAGGUGUGCUUGGAGCACUCCAAGGCGCCGCUCGUCGUCGUCGCCGGCAUCGAGCAGCGCUUCUGCCAGCAGUGCAGCAGGUUUCACCAGCUACCUGAAUUUGACCAAGGAAAACGAAGCUGCCGCCGACGCCUCGCCGGUCAUAACGAGCGCCGGAGGAAGCCGCCGCCCGGGCCUAUGUCUACACGCUAUGGCCGGCUUGCUGCGUCCUUCAACGAAGAUCCAGGGAGGCUCAGAAGCUUUCUGCUGGAUUUCUCGUACCCGACGGCCCCGGCCGGCGUGAGGGACCCGUGGCCGGCCGUUCAGCCCGGCGACCACCGCAUGCCUGGCACCACCCACUGGCAGGGCAGCCAUCAUGAACACCACCCUCACCGCAGUGCAGUUGCGGGAUACGGCGACCACCACGCGUACAACGGCCAGGGGAGCAGCUCGGGGGGAGGCGGCGCGCCGAUGAUCCCGGGCGGCUUCGAGCUCCCCUCGGACGAAUGUAUGGCGGGUGUCGCCGCCGACUCCAGCUGUGCUCUCUCUCUUCUGUCAACUCAGCCAUGGGAUAGUAGUGCCCACAGCUCCAGCCACAACCGGUCCCCGGCGAUGUCGACGACCAGCGCCUUCCAGGGCAGCCCGGUGGCGCCCUCCGUCAUGGCCAGCAACUACAUGGCGGCAAGCAGCAGCGGCUCCUGGGGCAGCCCCCGGGGCGCCAGGAGCAUGCAGCACCACCACCAUCACAUGCAGCAUGACACGGUCAUGAGCGAGGUCCAUCCGAGCUCGGUUCACCACGGCCAGUUCGGCGAGCUCGAGCUCGCGCUGCAGCAGGGAAGGGCCUCGCCGAACCCGCCGCACGCCGAGCACGGGUCCGGCGGGGCCUUCAGCCACUCCAGCAACGCGAUGAACUGGUCUCUGUAGGGACGGACGCCACGCCAUGGAGACAUGGAACGUUGGGCGGCCUGAGUUUUGUGCGCUUUCCACUUGCCGAUCUGGAUUUCAGGACGGGGAGGGAACCGGUAGCCGAUAGGGCAGGGGUUUCCCGCCGUGUAGCCCAGUUUUGUCCAUGAACUCAAUCCCACGUAUGUAUUUUAGUAUGUGUGUGAAACUCCAUUGCUUUAUUAAUUCGCUUGUCGAGGACGCUUAACCUAGCUAGUAAUGCGAUGACCUCGCUAGCCGUCAUCCUCUUCGUUGUUUCCGUUGAUGUUUUCGCCCAUA